GCGCAAUCCAUCUCCAUUUUCAUGUCUCGAAGGAGAGAGAGAGGAAGAAGAAGAAGAUGCUGGGAAGGGUGAGACCAUCUUCGUUCACACUGGAGUGUUUGGAGCUGGAAAGAGCACCAUCAAAGUCAGUCAAAGACGAUUCUCUCUCCGUCUACGAAGCAACAAUUCUGAAACUCAGGCAAGGCUCUAAACGGGAUCUAGCUUCAACAUCUGAUCAUGUGACAGACGAAACUAAUGAUGACAGUUCCAUACCUGCAAACAUGUUAUCGAGUUCCAUUACAUCAAUGGAAAUAGUAACAUCUGAUAUAAGUACAUCAUGUUUGACUAAUUCGAACUCUGGCAUCUCAAAUGAGAACAACAAGAAGACAUCUAUUGCUUACAUGUUUGCCAGAUACAAUAAGAGUUGUCAACAAUCUCGGAGCGUGGUGGUCGUUGAGGAUUUAAUGAUGGUCGAGAGUAGCUGUUCGUCUGGCAGCAGCUGUUCGAGUCCAGAUGAUACAUUAGCGUUUGAUUCAUGUCCACAACCCGAAAAGAAGUAAGAUUUGUGUUGAUUGAUUUACUUCCUCAUUUCGAAAUCAUAAAGAAAGUAUGUACCCUCAUCACUUUGCCUUUGUUUAAGUGAUGACUGUUUGUUUUAUGAAUUUGAAAAUGCCAUGGUUUUUCUUGGUUUCAGCAAUUCCGACCUCAUUGGAAAACGUGAAACUGAAAAAUUGUUUUUUUCCUAUUCGUAAACAAUUUUUGUUUCUCGAUCUUCAUCUAAACUCUGAUGUAAACGAGGAUAUACAUAAUUGUAAGCAUCUCAUUUCGA